CAAACAACCCAAAAUAAUUGACUUUCUGUUUACAGCCCAUGUCAUGCAUGACACAUGCAUAAGCGUAAGUUGCUUCAAACCCGCUCCAUGAGUUGCACCUGAGGAGUCACCUGAGACACACCUUCUAAUUCCAUGGUCUUUAAUGAUUUUUAUUUCUUUCUACACUGUAAAACUAUUCCGAAGGUGUCCAAAAUACUUCUUUGAACAGUUGUUAUUAAGAUUUAUCCGCUACUUCUGCUCUUUAAAGCCUUCAUAACGGCUCGAAUUUGACGUGCUGUUCGUUAAUUGGUGAUAUCUGAGGCUGGUGACUCUAAAUGAACUUCUCUGCAGGAGGAUUAUGUCGAAUGCUGGGGAUCUAGAGAAGAACUGGUACUCUGUACUCGGUGCGACUCCCACAGACAGUGUACAAGAGCUGAAGCAGAAAUAUCAAAGACUUGUCCUAACGUUUCACCCUGAUAAACAGGACCCUGGCCUAUCAGAAGAGGAGGCGGGGCUUCAGCUUCAGAGGUUCAUAGAUGUGGAUCAGGCCUGGAAGAUCCUGAGUGAUGAGGAGAGCAGGAGACAGUUUGACCUACAGCUGCGUGCACAAGAAUUAAAACAAUGCUGGCCGGUGGAUGCCUGCAUUACACUGGAGGACAUGAACAGGGACAGUGAGAAUGAGUGUUACUCGUACAGCUGCCGCUGCGGCGGCGAGUUUCUCCUGGAGAACGAAGACGCAGAGGACGACGAGGAUGCCGUCGUGUGCUGCGACACGUGCUCACUUAGCAUCGAAGUCAAGAGAGCUAGGUGAUGUAAGCAUUCAGCGUUCAGCAGUGAACCCAUCAACCUGGUGUUUCAUUUUCAUUCUUCAUUCUGAGCUCAUUACUGGGGACAGUAUUGUAGUACCUAGUAUUUGGCACAUCAGUAUAUGCAAAUUACA